AUGGUGCGUGCCGGGAAGGGAACGCGCGCUGCUAAGCUGCAUCCGCAUCAGCGUCGCCGCUUAUCUGAGGAAGGCAAGCGCCUACUGCGUAAUGCGUUGGCUGCAGGUAGUGAUGGUGGCGAUGACGGGUCUAUCGACUACAGUAUCAUUUCCAACUUCGGCGACUCGUCGGUCGAGUCGGAGCUGGAGAGCUCGUUGCAAUGGGAAAUGCAGCAGCAACAUGCCUCUGGGGGAGGAAACGGACGCAAAGGACGUGGUAAAAAGUGGAAGGGCGACGACAAUGUGGAGAACGAGGACGACGAUCUGGAAGGAGCUACGGAAGAGCUCACCGAGAAGAGAGACACCACUAAGAUCGCGGCACUUGAGAAGAUCCUGACCAUGUUACGUGCUGAAGUCAUGAGUGACCGAGUGCAGACGUCUAAGGUGACGUUGACUUCGCAUGCACUCGGGUGUCUUAAGAAACGAUCCAAGGAAUCCAGCAGCUUGGCACUCCGAGUGCUAAGCAUGGUAGCGAUCACGCUUGGUGCAGAUGAACAAGGGUUCUACGACGAUAUAUUGCUAUCUGUGCAGAGGAUCUUCACAGACAGAGGCGACAGUGCAUUGCGUGUGGAGGCAGUGUACGCUCUAAGCAUCACCUGCUUCAUAUGCUGUCCGGACGACGAGCCCAAGUGGGAGUUAUUGGAGGUACUAGGAAGCUUCUUGGUGGCAGCAAAGGACGCAGAAGACGAUGGCCACAAUGAACAAGAAUUCCCCGAGGCAUUAACGAUUGCCGUUAUGGAGUGUUGGGCGUUCCUUGUGAGCUAUUUCAACCCGUCAGUUAUGAUCGGUAAGGUGUAUAACGCGCGCUCAAUAGUCCAUGGACAUGUAGCAGCGCUUGCUGGCUUCGUUCGAGACGGAACAAACGCUUCAGUACGAGCCUCUGCGUGUGAAGUACUGGCGCUUAUCGUGCAGUUUAAGUACAUCGUUGCAGGUGCCAAUGGCUGGAUCUACUCGCAUGAGUCAGCUGGAAGUAUCAUCAGCGGUCUGAGCUCACGUAUCGAAGCUUACAUGCGCGAGUCAGGAAAAAGUAUCGGGAAGAAGAACCGUAAAGUGCAGCGUUCGAUGCUGAAAGAAGUGCUGGAGACGCUGCAAACCGGUGAAGGGCCUCACAAGGAGCUGCAGGCUGAAGGUGAGACGUUGACAGUGUCCACCUGGAGUCGCUUCUUCCAAGCACACGUGCUCCGUCGUGCACUGCAGUCUGGAUUUCAGACGCAUCUCGUGGAGAAUGAAGUGCUUCGUGAAGUGUUUGAAGUUACCGAGAACAUAAACGCCAAGAUCGGAUUGAAAGCUACAGUCAAGCGCCGAGCCGAGCGCAAGGCCAAGACAGUGCACAAGCGCAACGACAUGUCACGCAAAAACCAAGCUCGGAACGCCUUCCUAUAUGACGAGUAG